AAGGAGGCAACAAAGGAGAUACAGAGCUGCUCAUGAAUGACAACGAUGGAUUCUUUCUCUGCCGCAGAAUCGAGCAUGAACGAUAGCUCCUCUGAUCAACAACUCCCUCAGCAAAACAACCUAAAUCUCCAGAACAAUAUUUACGGCGGAACUAACAAACGCCGCCGUCGGGGUGCUGGUGAUGGGAUUCAAGAUGAUGGAAAAGAUAACAUCGAAAAUGAUGUCGGGGAAGGUGAUGUAGAAGUGUGGAAGACGUUCAGUGAGAGUUUCAGAAAAAUCCAGUCGGUGUUGGAUCAGAAUCGUCUUUUGAUUCAACAGGUUAAUGAGAAUCACCAGUCAAAGAUCCCGGAUAACCUAGCCAAGAAUGUCGGUUUGAUUCGGGAGAUUAAUGGAAAUAUCUCUAAGGUUGUCUCUCUCUACUCUAAUCUCUCCUCCAACUUCUCCAGCAUUUUCCAUCAGCGCCGUGGGAUCGCUGCCAAGAGUAACGGCACAGACAUCGUCAGCAACCGCAAGGGAGAGAGCGUGGAGGCUUGAAAUCGAUAAUUAUCAGUACUUCUGAUUUAUCCACAGUGUUUGUUGCAUAGUUGGUCUGGUUAAGCUUUUAUCAGUUAUUUGUGGGUGUCUCUCCUUAACUACGUCUGUCUGUCUGGUUUGUUUCGUUGGUAUGGUUAGUCUUUGUAGAACAAAGGUAUGAUUCAAUGUUCAUUUUAAGGCGUCAGUGGGUCUGAGUCUUGCUUUGAUUACUAGUUGUGUUCUUGUAGUCGUCAGUGUCGUGGUGGGAUUGCUUAAGAUGCUUAUGUGAUACUCCUUAUGUUUUGUCUUUUAAGGACGAUGGCUGCGGGAUGACUCUCUCUCUCUUUUCCACCCCCAGAUGUGAUGAGGUAUUCGUGUUCUGUUA